AUGCCCAUGUCCGGCCUCGACCUCGGGCGCCUCCCCUGGACGCUCGAAACAACCGAAACCGUAACGAGCCUCACAGGCCUAGACACGCUCGCCGCGCACCAAUUCACCGCGAGCCUAGCCGCCAACCUCCGCGAGUCCGGCAUCCACACGUACAGCAUCGUGCUCGGCAAAGACCCAGCGGCCAACGGCACACAAUGGACGCUGUGGACGCAAUUCGCGCGCCCAGACGACGACCACCACACGGUCACAGCGGGCGGGGAGAAAUGGUGGGAGCCGCUGCGGGCGGUGUUCCUGGAGCGGAUCGGCACGAACGACGAGGACGCGGGGUCGUUCUUCACGCCGUGCUCGGAGAAAUUCGGGCGCGACCUGCUGGGCGUGAUCAAGAACCGCACGAACGUCGUGCUGUUCAAGGACAUCCCGUACGUGCUGUACAAGCUGGGCAAGUUCCGCGAGGACGAGUGGGAGGCGUACGGCGAGCUGUACCGCGAGCUGAUGACCUGCCUCGGCCGCGUCCAGGACCUGGCCAACAUGUGCCAGGGGAAGUACGGGUGGAGCGAGGCGCGGUGUCUCCCGCUGUACCGGGAGCUGUUCCUUGAGCUGGAGGAUGCGGUGGGGAUGGAGCGGCUGAAGGAGCUGGAGGGCGAGAUUGAGGGGAAGGACCUGAGUGAUUGGGAUCGCAUCACGUGGUACAGGAGCACGUAUCAGGAUCUUGUGGGCAAUGAGGUGGUUGUGCCGGAGCGGCGGGAUGCGAUUUGGGAGGAGCUCCGGGCGGCGCAGGGCCGCUGGUCGCGGGUGUAUGAGGCGAUUGCGCCGGGGUUUUUGGCGGAUGGGGAUGACGAGAUGCAGGCUUAUUUGGACGCCGAGGCGGAGGCCGAGAGGCAGAUGGUGCAGGCGUUGGACGAGGCGGAGGAGGCCGAGAGGGAGGCGCGCAGGCAGGCGGAGGAGGCGGAGGAGUAUGAUUCGGAGUUGGAUUGA